GCAUAUCGGCUUUCUUCAUUUCUCUCACCCUUUCCCUGCAUCCCGGGCAUUCUGUAGUGGGUGCAAGGGAGAAUAUAAUUGAUAAUAGUGCUCUUUUCGAAAGGAACAGCAACAUCAAUAUUUGGUUUUGCUGGCUCCUUUUUUACUAUUCUUUCUCCGUUUUCCCCGUUUUCUGGUGUUAGUUGUCAUAUGUGGUGAUUUUAAAACAGAGCUUCGUUUCCAAUGUUGCAUAGUGGUGUGGUGUCAGAGGAGGUAGAUUAGACACGCAGAAACGGAGAAGGGAUAUUUAAAUACUCAGCGGGAAGAAUGUCCUUCCCCGCCGGACUUUGAUUAUCGGAAAAUGCUGUUUAUGAAGGGUGGUAUCGCUGCCGACGGCUCUGUGACCCAACCGAGGAAGCCAAGAGAAAAGAUCGAGAACGUCGCCGCCGCUGCAGCAGACAACGUCGAAGCAAGCUCGAGCUCGGCGCUACCCGGAGCAUCAACAACAAUGGCAGGAACCAUGGAGGACAAGGUCUGUGUUUCCACCUGCUAGACCUUCAAGGGUCCCACCAGCCUGUCUCCUGCGAGGCUGCCAAAGUCCAUUCUGCCCAACCACAUCGCCGUCCCACCCCCAGCAAGCAGGAGAUAAGGGGACCGACUCUUCCUUUGCUAGGGCAGGAGCGGUAGAAACCGUGGCACAAAAACCAGACGCUGUCCUCCAAGGCAGCAGGGGCCAGAGCACGGACGACGGAAAUAACUUGAGCUACAGUAUUAAAAGGCGACAGGAGCAAAGAUCAACACACGGACAACAGUAUCGAGGGGGUCCUAGCAUCCCUACCCCUUUCUGGUGUCAGGGUGGACUCCACCUGUAGUCCCACUCUGUGAUCUUUGAGGUCCAUGAGCCGUCUGUCAGGGCGCCUGCGCUCAGGGGGUGUCCGUCUCAGCUGUGGGCUGCUCGCCGAGGAGGACUGCUUGGAGCUGGAGGGGCCGACAGGUUGGGGGGGUGACGGAGGCCAUGCGGGGGCCACCGGAGGAGCCCCUGCGACAGCCUCUGGGGCCUCCCUCCACUACAGCUUCUUCUCCUCCCCCUCCCUGGCCAAUGGCCUGCGCAGCCCGGAGGAGCAGCUGCACAGGAGGCCCAGGAUCGGGGCCAGGAGGCGCAGGCAGUCGGAGCAGCUGGGGCAGCUGGAGCAGCUAGAGCAAUCAGACUUCCCACUGCAGCUGGAACAGCUGGAGCAGCUCCCACAGAUGUGCCCAGAGCAGCAGAUUCAGGGGCAAGUUGGUACAGACUCUUCCUCCCUAUCAGAUCUGCCCACUGUGGUCCCCCCACAGAUUCUCACUGGAUCCCCUCAUCGUGAGGCCUACCCAACUUCUACACAGCCACAUGCCCCUCCGUACUACCCCCCCAACCCCAGUAACCCCCCCCAGAGGAACAUAGACACUCAUGCCUGCCCAAUCACUGCAGCCUCCCCACCAACACCUGCCCCCAUCCCGAACACCAUCCUAGCCCCGUCUCCUGUCCCUGUGCCCACGGAGGGGGAGAGGAAGUAUGCCCUGCGCAGCUCUGGACGCCCGCGCUUCCCCUGCAGGCUGCGCAAAUCGUCGCGCCUUCGCCGACCCAUGGAAGAUGAGGAGAAGAAGGAGGAGAGGGAGGGUGAGGUACAGGAGGAGGAGAAGAUGUGGAAGGGAGAGGCUUUGGGGCUGGAGCUGGGGCUGGGGUUAGGGGAGGAGUCCAUCCUGCCAGAGGGGGCCAGUAUGUCCGGUGAACUCCGGCCUAUGUCCCGGGCUCCCGUGCUGGGGAAGACGGUAACAUCAGCCCUUGAACCAGUCCAGCCGGCCCCCAGCCCCACUUCGUCCCGCGGUCGACGCAAGGGAAGGUGCAUUGGGAUACGGAAGAUUGUGGUGAAAGUGGCCAGAAUACCCGUCAGCCUGAGCCGUCGCCAAAAAAGCUAUAAGAUCUCAUCUAUGGAGGCUCCUCCACCAUUGCCAGGGCAGGAGGGGGGCAGGGGGCCCGGGGCAGAGGGCUGCGAGGGGGCAGGUGGGGGCGAAAGUGGAACUGCAGCCCCUCGAGAGCCAACUGCGCUGCUGAAGAUGAAGAAUAACGGGAAAAGUGUAAUGGUGAUGUUCCCGCCAGGAGAGCUUCCCGUCAUCCUGAAGCGUCGCCGUGGCCGUCCGCCAAAGCAGGUCGUACCAGGCCAGCCUGACCCGCGAGAAGUCCGAGCGAAUGCCACCAACACCGGGGAGCCAAAGAAGCAGAGGCGUCGCCGCCGGGUCAAGCUGCCCUCCCCGCAGCCCUCCUACGUGGCCGACACCAAUGACGUUAAGGCCGAAUACGGCGACGUCCUGUCCAAACUGGCGUUCCUGAACCGCCAGCCCCCGGCUACAGGGCGCUGCUCCCCUCCCCGCUGCUGGACCCCCAGUGAACCUGAAUCCUUCCACACCCCGCCAGAGAACCCUGGUAUCUCCACGUUGCUUCACAGACUCACAGGUUUCCGUCGCAGGGGGGGUCGUGCGGGGUGCACAGGCGCCCGCGGCGGUGUGGCGGGCUCCAGUGAGGCAUUCAAAAGCUCUUUCAGCGAUUUCUUUGAGACCAUUGGAAAGAAAAGGAAAGUGCCCCCCUCUGAGCCUGGACAACCCCGCAAACGGGGCAAGGGGGCGGCAGCGGGGCUCAGUAGAGCGGCUCUCCUGGGAGCCGACCCGGGGGGCCUUGCUCCAGGGGAGAAACCUGUCCGCAAGCGGCGUUCACGUAAAAACGGGGUGCUGAAGUCAGGCCAGGGGCAGCAGGACCAGGAUGGGGCCAACGGGGGUGGUAACUGGGGCGUCAAAGGGGGUGGUCGGGAGGGUCUUAGUGACAGGGAAAGGGGUCUGGGGUACCAGGGUUGCUCAUCACCCAGAGGGGGCUUUACCUCCUGUGACAUAGGAAAAGGGGGCUUCUACCCCAGCCCAGGGGUGAGUGGGGGUGGGGGAGAUGACGCCCAGGGGCUUUUUGCGGGGUACUUCCGCUCCCUUCUUGACUCUGAUGAUUCCUCUGACCUGCUAGACAUCUCCCUCUCCAGCCCGGCUUCGCGCCCUGACUCCCGAAAACUGGGGCCUGGGUACGAAUCCAACAGCCCUGCACCGAGUCAGCGCUGGUCCCCUGCCUUCCCUAAGAGGACGACCAAGGGGCCUAGUCCCGCCAGUGACGGACCCUUGCAGCCUCAAUGCAGCACCCCUGGCCGGCCCCCAUACAGCUAUAGCCUAUCCCAGACCUCUCCCACCACCUCAUUCCCAAAAUCUGCACCUCCUACCCUCUCUUUGUCUCGGUCACCCAGCUCUCCGCACCCCUCCUCCUCCAGUUUUCCACAGUACCCUGCUGGCUAUAGCAGUGGGCAGUCAACUGGGGGUGGCAGUACUACACCCCAGCAGCAGAGAUUGAGUGACUGUAGCUACUCCUACGGUGUAGGACUUGGCAGCGGCAAGGCCACCUCAGUGUCCCCCGCAGGGCAGUGCCACAUGGGCUUUUCCAGCUUUCAGACUGCUCAGGCUAAGCGGGGCUAUAGUGGAUAUGCUGGAUCAGCCCACUCUGCCGCAAUGCGGGGGGAGCCUGGGCUCUUGGCAGGGCCAGCUUCUCCAGGUGGGAGUUACAUGGCUAUGGCAAAAAGCCCCUUCCCUUCCUCCUCACCCCCUGAGAGCUGCAGACAGUACCCCUCUUCUCAGUGGGGAUAUAGACCGGGGUACCAGAGCUGGGGGAACGACAACUUUGGGCCACACCAGUACCACGGGUACAAUGACUAUGGCACCAGUGGCAGCCACGAGUCCAAAGACAUCUUGGAUAUUUCAAACUACACACCUCAAAAGGUCAAGCAGAGGUCUUUCUCUGAGACAUUUUCUGAGUCCUCCUCUGACUCCUCCCACCUGGGGCCAGCAGGGGCAGGCAUGGGGGGUGGGGGGAGUGGAGGUUACAGACCACGGGACCUGCCAUCAGGGGAGGGGCAGUCCAGUCUGUCCAGCCUAGAGAAGCUGAUGCUGGACUGGCAUGAGAGCUCAGCUGGCUCCUCUUACAACUGGAGCCAGAAUGUUCUCUUCCAGGGAGGGUCUAAGCCGGGGCGGGGCCGGAGGAAACGGGCAGAGCCCCAGGGGGAGAGGGAAGGCUGCCCCUUAAGUUUCCCGCCAGGCUCACCCUCCAGUUCGCCUUCGCCGGUGCCCGGUUCCAAACGUAGCCCGAUGGCCGCCCGACAGUCACGAGGAUCGAGGGGCCGGGGAGGGUUCUCUUCCUGUCAGCGUGAGAGAGCCCCCCCAGGGAAGCCCAAAGCCCAGAAGACCCCUGCCUCGGUGGCCCAAGCUGGUGGGGCAGGCCUGUACCAGGACACACUGGACUAUUACAGCGGGGACAGCAGCAGCCUCUCGCCCCUGCCCUCCCAACAGCAGGGAUACAGCAUGGAGGUCUGUGAGUAUUCCAGCCCCUACUCUGUACACCCGUCCACACCCUCCUCCGAUGAGCGCUUCGCCCAGAUUUUCCCCGGCGAAACCGCCUCUCUUUCCCCCAGCAUCUCCCUGCAGCCUGACGUCCUGAAGCCGUACCCCAAACCGGCCCACCCCCCGGCGUUCUCCGUGCCCUCCCGGACCUUCUCCCCAAGCUGUUCCCCUACCCCCCGGCUCCUGCCCUCCUGCGGCGCGGCCAACAGCCCCCACCGCGCCCCCAACAAGGACUUCUCACAGUAUGACUCCCCCAGUUACUGUGGCUCCCCCUGCUGGUACGGGCAAGGAGGUUCACUGGCCGGUAGUCCACACAGUUAUGAGGCAGAGCGCCCCCCUGUGAGCGCCGUGCCCCCCCACGCCCGGACUGAGAAAAGGGACCUGAGCCAAGUGGGGGGGGCGGGACUACGAUCAGCACCUCCUACACCUUCUCCUUACCCCACCCCUCUUCAUCGAGGCUCCUCCUCUUCAUCCUCCUGUGCCACAGUUGGCCUGGACUCCCCACUGCCUGAGGACCUGGGUUUCUCCCUACACCCAGAGAGCUACCCGACCAUGCCCCAACGCUACGCCCCCCAGCCACCCCGCGGUGGCGUACUAUGCCAGUUGCUGGAUCAGCCCGCAGAAGACGGGUUCACUGUUACCAGCCUGUAGUGUGCACCAUUGUGUUGAAUGGAGUGGGCCACAGGUGCAAUCAAUCAUGUUUUUCAGAUUUUUAAACUUUUUUUAAGAAGAUUGAAUUCAUGGCAGGCUUUUUAAAAAAAAUUAAGAUGAUAAUGAUGAAGAUAUAAGCUGACAACUGUGGACACUUGAAAUUAAUUUUAGUCUCGAUGGACACACUUAUACGUGCCCCAGCAGUGACAAUCAAGAAUCAACAGCAAACACACUAUACACUAUACACUGAAUACACCUCACAUGAGCUCAUUGACACACACACACACACACACACACACACUACACAUCUAUCUGUACACACAAAUUAAUUGUACAUUACAAAGCACAUUCAGAUUUAUGACUGACACACACACAGGCACUCUGCAGCUGGGGGCAGUGGAGUUCCUGGAAUGUGGGUGCAGAAGAGGAUAUGGAGAAUGAAUGGUGGCUGGACUGGAGAGAGGAAGAGGCUGAUGGACAGAUGUGUGGACCCAAAAACACGCACAACAGUCUGUCUACACAAACGGUCCAGUCUCAAUACCAUCUCCCAUCAUGCACCAGGAGUGAUGGAUGACCUCGCCUCCGACAAUCCCUCUCCCUCGCAGCCUCUGCCACCUAGCAACCAGCAACAAUCCCCCUCCCCCUCCUCCUCCACCCCCCAGAGCUGUGGACUCUGCUCAUAUGAUACCAGCAUCUGUACAUAGACUUCAACUUGAGGAGAAGAGGACAGAUAUGUGAUGUUAUGAAAGUAAUGUGACAUAUGCACUGAAAAGGCUUAUUUGCGUUUGUUGUAAGGGGCUCUGUUGCUCUGGAAAGGAGCCCUGUGUAGAUACCUGGUUUUCUUCAGCAGGCGUGGGGUGAUUUCCCUCUUGCCUGUUUCCCUUCCAGCAGACGUGUGCCCCCCCUCCCCCCCAGUCAUCUCCUGUGCUUUCCGUAGCGUGGACUGCAGCAUGGUCUCACUCGUAGAUUUUGUUUGUUUGUUCAUUUGUUUGUUGGUAUGUUUUUUUUUCUUGAGGAAAAAAAUGACACAAAUAUGAUGUGCUCACCCCCAAAGAAACGGACUUGUGAUUGUGUACAUACCCCUGUGGGCGCAGGGCGUGGAGAGAGAGAGAGAGAGAGAGCGAGAGAGAGAACGAGAGAACGAGAGAGUGAGAGAGAGAGAGAGAGAGAGAGAGAGAGAGAGAGAGAGAGAGAGAGAGAGAGAGAGAAAUCGAGAGACUGAGUAGGUCCGUGGCUCCGGUCCAAUGAGGGAGGCAAGUUCUGGAUCUCAGGGUGUGGACUGGACUGCCUUCUCUUCUCUUCUUGUCUUGGCUUUUCUUUCACUCUCUACUCUGUUUCCUUUUCCUGGUCUAAUUGUGUUGUAUGGUGAUUUGUGCAAUGGAAUAUUGUAUUUGUCUGUUACAUAUCAUGUAUCUGAGGUGCAAAUAUUUAAAUACACAUUUGGUUCCAACCAUUGCUAA